GUUCUACUCACACUAAAAUAUCAGACCAAUGCACAAUAUACUGCAAAACUGUAACACAAUGCGGCCAAACACAAUGUUCAAAUAUUGAACUGUUCAAGCAUGUGAAGAUCAUCUUCUGAAAGACAAACUGGGUUCUUAUUUUGUAGCUACCUUUGUGUAACUUAAACUGCUGGCCCUCAACAAGGUCUGACACUCUUGGUACUUGUUAGGAAGUUGGAUGAGACAAUGUAAGCUCAACAGUCAACUCCCAGGAUCUCCCAGCGCUCAUUUUCAGCAUUCGUCCGAGGACUGGGCAUCAUCUUCAUCCCUCACUUCUCCGUAACUCCCUGAAGACUCCCCUUCUGGAUUGUAGCUCUGCAUUGUAAUAUUCAGUCUCUCAGCUAGUUUCUGUGCUGCGAGCUUUGCCCGCAUCUCCUCAUAAUUCUGCUUCUGCUCUUUCUGCAGAGCCAGCGACUCUUCUAUGGAGAGCAGCUGUGCAGGCAGGGAGUGGAGCAGAAGAAGGCGAGCUGCUGUGACAUCAUCAAGAUGCUGCCUAGCCCUGCAUCUCUGCUCUUCUGAGGAAACAGGAGACUGAGCCCUCUGACAAUGACUUGACGCUGGGAGAGAAACAUCAUACCCUGGCACUGAACUAAGCAAGAAUCAGGCCGUGAAGGAAAAGGAGAGGCUGAUUAAAGAGCUGCAGCUCAUUACCGAGGAGAGAAAUGACCUGAGAGAUCGCCUGAGGUUUCUGACAGAGAGAUCCAUGAAGAACAGGUCACACAUCAGGCCAAAUCCAUAUUAUGAAGACCUGGAGAGAAUGGAGGAGGCGGUCAUGUCAAUUCUGCACAACUUAGAGAUGGAGAACACUGAGGUCCAUGAGAACAACCAUAAGCUGAAGAAGGAGAUUACCUUCUCUAGAAACCUGCUCAGCCAGCUCCUGAUGGAGAACACAUGUAGGAAGAAGUUGGUCCCACUGAAGCAGGAGAGCAAGGAGGUACAUCUUGAUUGUGCACUGAACCAGAAAUAUUUGGUUGACUUCAACAAGAAAGAUAAAGACCAUCAACGGCCAGAUCCAGCAUUAUCAGGUCUCAGAAAGUGCAAGAGAGCUGGAAUUGGACACACACCAGUAAGAGAGCUUCCUGAAGAAUAAGUUGCUUUCUCAGGAGUCCCUGAUGACCAACAACAUCCUGAAUGAAAACAGCACUUAAGAGACAACCUGGGGGACCGCCUUUCAUUAUGUGUGCUAGAGGAGAAACAGCAAUACGUCUGUGCUUCUAAAUGUUCGUUAAGAAUAUGCUUUUAGAAAUAUUUUUGUUAUGAUUUUAAUUGAAGUUUUCUUUUUGUUGUUUCAUAUUUAUAUGUUCUUG